AUGCCCUUUACUCUCAAGCGUCCUCGCCGCCGUGAGUUCGCACGAUCUUUAGUCGAUGCUGUCAAGUCGAUGUAUACUUCCGACAAGAGAUUCUCGGACGGUGCUGAUCCCCUUCGUGCGCAUUCAGCUGUUCAUGUGUACUUCCACGAUGGCCAUAGGAAGUAUCAUCCCAUCAUGCGCCUUCCUAACGAACUUCUCGCCCACAUUUUUGCGCUGGGGGCUGAAGACGAUAUCAUGCUACCCGUGGUCAUCUCACACGUGUGCAGGGCAUGGCGCAAGCUGGCACUGCAUACACCAUCCUUGUGGAGGCGCGUUGUUCUAGACAGCCGCUUGUCAAUGUGGACUCAACGCAUCCACCGCGCCAAGGCGUGCACGUUGGAUAUUCAAUUAGCGAACCAGCAAAUGUCACUCGACCGGACGAACUACAUCGUCCCGCUCGAUGCGCAAACUGUCCUGUACUAUAUGCAUCUUGUGAUCCCCUUCAUACCCCGAUGGCGUUCACUGGAGAUCAAAUUCGACAUUUAUACCCCAUAUCUAUGGAAUGCCGCCCUGUCUGCGUGCUGCGAUAGUACCCCUGCAGUUCAAGCUCACUUCCUCCGAGAAUUGUCACUCAUUUAUCCGGGGAAUGAUGACACGAAGGAAUUCGUCCUUUUUAACGGCGUUGCUCCGAGAUUACGCAGAGUAACGCUAUGGGGCAUCCGCCUAGCAUGGUAUCCGUCACUCUUUCAGCAUCUCACAUUCUUGGACUAUACGCAUCACGGCUUCACUCGAGGCCACGAGGCUGCCUCUGACGUGCUCCAGAUUCUCCAGGUCUCCUCUCGUCUCGAAGUACUCCGCCUCGCCUUUCCAUGGCGAGGAGACAGCAACUCGCGCUACUCCAAUCCCUCUGCUCGGACCACUACCCUUCCCCGUCUGGCCACGCUUACACUGAGUAUCGAGGGACCUGAUAUUCCGCCCGCGCUCCUGCAUGUCCUCAUGCACCUGUCCCUACCUGCUAUUCGGACUCUCCGCCUCGUCUCACGGUACCCUUUCCGUCGGCCAACUCUCUUUCCCCGCCUGCGACACGUCCUCAAGGCACUCCCACAGCUUCCGACACUUCGUCAUCUGUAUGUCGAAUACGGAUGGCUGGAUUCCCGCUUUGUCCAUCCCCUUGUACAAAGUCUUCCGCGACUUCAGCACGUCGUGCUACAUGGGCCGCAGGUGGAUGCGUCAUUCCUUCAAACCUUGAUGAGUACGCUACGUGCGCGACGGUCUGCGGACGGGAAUUGGCAGCCGUUGCGGGGCCUUGAGCUUGUUCGGUGCGAGGCAAUAUCUGCGGAAGACAUCGUUGCUGCUGUGAGGGCGCAGCCCUCGUCCAUCUCAGUGCUAUACCUUCGUGCCUGUCCGCGGAUAGAACAGGCGGGAUUGCGCAAGCUAAAGAGCAGUGGGGUAAUGGUCAGAACAGCGACUGCGGCAUGA